AUAGCUUAAAGUAAAAUAAAAUGUUAUUGCAUUGGUACUCCUGUCACAAAUAUUUUCUUCUCGACUGUUUACAAUCAACAAUUGUUGUCAAAAUCGAAUCACAUAUUUUAGAAAGUAACGUUCUAUUAGGCAUCAAGAUGUUGUUAGAUAAAAUACCCGAAGUUGAUAUGGUCACCGUAGCCCAGAGAUCCAAUGUCGAGCGGCGUGGAGUAUUGGGAUUUGUUCCACGCAUUGGACUGCCGAUUGUGGACUAUGCAGAAGUGGAUAGGAUUGAUGCAUUUUAUCUGGAAUGCCAGAACUUUCGUGAUUACUAUCGCGAUCCAUACGAUAGAGUUCACAAGCCACUAAUGUUUACCAAGCACAUGGGAAAAUGCGGAAUUAAAAUGGAUCAAAGCGUGGAGGAGCUACGACAGCCGAUAAGUUGGGUCCAAAGGAAGAAACCAUUAACAGAGCCUGUUAACUAUAAGACGCACAUGAAUUUGGGUGUUGACAUAAACACAAUGAUCAGGGGUCGUUAUGGAAAACAGAGUUGCAUACGAUACAAACGUUAAUAAUUAAUAUACACUCGAGACAAUACCUUGACACAAGAGCGAGGGCGGCUUUAUUUGACGUUUAUAUAAGGUCGCAAUAUUGUGCAUACGAAAUUUGGGCGUUAUAUGACCGGCAGAUAUAAGCUUGACUUGUAUACAAAAUUGUCAGAUAUUUAUCAGAGUUCUCGUAACUAAAUUAUAUUCACUUUAAUGUCAUUGCGUUUGCGUAGAUAUAAAUAUAAAGUCUUGAUAUUUACUCAAACCCC